CCCAAACCCUUUCUCUCUCACUCUCCACAUUUCUCUCAAAUGAAUCCCGGCCACAUUUCCAUUUCCCGGUCACCGUUAAUUAACAGAUUCCGUUAACUCAUUUCUUCCAGAAUCUUCUUCUCCUUUUCUUGUUUUUACAUAUGGCUGAAGAAAGAGAUAAUACUAAUAAUAAUAAUAAUGUCGGAGGCGGUGGAGGAUUGAUGAUACAGAAACUUAUAGAUAUAAUAAAUGAUGUAUCUAUCAUAUCUGAUUACAGGUGUACCGUUAAAAAGCUGUUUUCAAAUCUUUCGAGAAGAUUAAAGCUUUUAACUCCGUUAUUUGAAGAAAUCCGUGAUAUUAUUAAUCAAUCUUCUUCCAUUCCUUAUCAUUCUCAUCAAUCCUUGAUUUCAUUAUUUCAAGCUUUGGAAUCUGCUAAGGAACUGCUUUUACUUGGAAGCCAUGGCAGCAAAAUUUAUUUGGUUUUGGAGAGAGAAGAAGUCAUGAAAAAAUACCAUGAAGUUACAGCUCGUUUGGAACAGGAUUUAAAUGGCAUUUCAGUUGAUGAACUUGACAUAUCAGACGAAGUUAAAGAGCAGGUUGCACUUGUUCUUACUCAAUUUGGAAGGGCUAAAGGAAGAACUGAUGCACCAGAUGCUGAGCUAUAUGAGGAUCUUUCAUCCCUUUAUAACAAGGAUGUUGACGUUAUAGAAAAUCCAGCCGUUUUGAAGAGAUUGGCUGAAAAACUACAACUAACUGAAAUAACUGACCUUACACAUGAGUCGAUAGCAUUGCAUGAAAUGGUUACUGCGAGUUCUGGAGAUCCAGAGGAGAGUUUAGAAAAAAUGUCAAUGUUACUAAAGCGCAUAAAGGAUUUUGUUCAGACUGAAAGUUCAGAUAUAAGUUCACCGCCAGGAGAAACUUCUACUCUUCCCGGCUGCACCUAUCAAAGAACAAUGGUGAAAAGUUCAAAAAACGGUUCCAUACCUGAUGAUUUUCGUUGUCCUGUAUCACUUGAGUUGAUGAAGGACCCGGUCAUUGUCUCAACAGGACAGACCUACGAGCGUUCGUGCAUUGAGAGAUGGUUGGAAGCAGGGCAUCGCACGUGCCCGAAAACACAACAAAGACUGACCAGCACCUCACUCAUACCGAACUAUGUAUUACGCAGCCUUAUAGCCCAAUGGUGUGAGACAAACGGAAUUGAGCCACCAAAACGGGCCACUCGGUCUGCUUCUGCCUGCACCCCUGCGGAACGUUCUAUAAUAGAAAGUCUCAUUCGUAAGCUGAAUUCCGUGAGUCCUGAUGAUCAGCGAACUGCUGCUGGUGAAAUCCGCCUCCUUGCAAAACGGAAUGCUGAUAACCGUGUUGCUGUAGCUGAAGCCGGAGCCAUCCCACUCCUUACACAUCUCCUGACCGCACCGGAUUCCCGCACACAAGAACAUGCAGUAACCGCUCUUCUCAACCUCUCAAUAUGCGAGAAUAACAAAGGGAGCAUAGUAUCUUCCGGGGCUGUCCCGGGGAUAGUUCAAGUUUUGAGAACAGGUAGCAUGGAAGCACGGGAAAACGCAGCUGCUACCCUUUUUAGCCUCUCUGUUAUUGAUGAAAAUAAGGUGGCCAUUGGUUCUUCAGGAGCAAUCCCGCCUCUUGUGUUACUUUUAAGUGAAGGUACUCAGAGAGGGAAGAAAGAUGCUGCAACGGCGUUAUUUAAUUUGUGUAUCUAUCAAGGCAAUAAAGGAAGGGCGGUGAGGGCAGGCAUUGUGCCUACUUUGAUGGGGCUCCUUACAGAACCAGAGAGUGUGAUGAAGGAUGAAGCAUUAGCUAUUUUAGCUAUAAUAUCAAGUCACCCUGAAGGCAGGUUGGCUAUAGGUCAAGCUGAGGCGGUACCAGUUUUGGUGGGGUUUAUUGGGAAUGGGUCACCGAGGAAUAAAGAGAACGCAGCUGCCAUUUUGGUGCAUCUUUGUUCUGCUGAUCAAAAGUAUCUGGUGGAGGCUCAAGAAGUCGGAGUUACGGGAGUAUUGGUGGAUUUGCUACAUCACGGUACUGAUAGAGGAAAGAGAAAAGCCGGACAGUUGCUAGAAAAGAUGUCGAGAUUAGCAGAGGUGUUGUGUCAGGCUCAUGACCAGACACCGACAGAUGCUCAGGGGGCUAAUAGCUGACUCUUUCUUCUUUUGGAAUUCGUUUAAUCUUUUCUGGAGUUGGUUUUAUUACUCCACUAAUGUAGAAGGGGAAAGAUGGAAGGUCAACCACCACCACCACCUGUAUCCCUUUGUUCAGUUAUAGUUGUAUUUUGUUUGCUCAACUUUUUUGUUUUAUUUUCUGCUGUUUUUGAAGACGACAUACAUAUGACUGAAAAUUGACAGAAUCGCAUAAGAGAGAUGAUGAAAGAUAGGAUUUGUGAGUAACAUUCUCAUAUGGGAUUUAUGUGGAAACAUGUUCUGUUC